AUGGCUACCGAAGCAUUCACACUGGAAGAGCAAAGACCAAUUCAACGAAGUCGCCUGCGCGUCUUCACCCUAGUCUCUGUUCUGUACGCUGCCUUAUUCAUAUCUGCAGUCAACACAACCAUCGUCACAACAGCGUUACCCACAAUCGCAAAACACUUCCAAUCCACAUCUGGAUAUACCUGGGUAGGCGCCGCAUAUGUUCUUGCUGAUACCGCCUCAGGUCCUGUCUGGACCAAUUUCUCCGACAUAUGGGGUAGAAAGGUGGUUUUCCUAAUAGCGGUGGCUCUUUUCAUAGUCAGCUCUUUUGUGUGUGGCUUUUCGACGAGUAUGGGGAUGCUUAUAACUGGAAGAGCACUACAGGGAGCUGCCGCCGGUGCUAUUAUGUUGCUUGUUAAUAUUGUCAUUAGUGAUAUGUUCGAUUUGAGGCGACGGACUCUGUAUUUAGGUAUUUGCGAUGUUAUAUGGGCUAUUUCUGGGGCCAUUGGACCCGUGGUUGGAGGAGCUUUUGCCGAGUAUGCGGGAUGGAGAUGGAUUUGGUACACAAAUAUUCCCAUCGCUGCCGUGACAUUUCUCGUCGUGUGGUUGUUCAUGGACGUCCACAACCCACGGACUCCAAUUUGGCGAGGCCUAAAAGCAGUCGAUUGGCUAGGCAGCGCGUCAUUACUGGCCGUGACGCUCAUGACUCUUCUCGGACUCAACAUAGGUGGCGAAUAUACGGACUGGAAAUCACCAAAAGUUCUUGUCCUAAUUAUUGUUGGUCUCGCUCUUUCCGGUGUCUUUUACUUUGUGGAAGCCAAAGUAGCAAAGUAUCCAGUCAUGCCAGUCCAAGUUUUCAAAAACAGAUCUAACGCGGCGGCAAUUGCCAUUGGCGCGUUCCACGCAUUCGCAAUGAUGGGUCCAGAGUACUAUCUCCCACUCUAUUUUCAGUCAGCAAAGCUAGCGCAACCACUACAAUCCGGUCUUCUAGGCCUUCCUUUUGUGUUCCUAGAAGGCUUGGGUGGCAUUAUCAGUGGGUUACUGAUCCAUUACACGGGUCGCUAUAACGCUCUCCUUUGGAUAGGCGCAGUCUUGAUGACCCUGGGUUUUGGGCUGUUGAUUGACUUGAAAUCUUCAACUGGUCUUGCCAAGAUCAUGAUAUACCAGAUUAUUGGAGCACUAGGGUCUGGCCUCUUGAUACAACCUCCUUUAGUUGCGAUUCAAGCAAAUGUAUCGCAACAGGAGACCGCUACGGCCACUUCAACGCUGACAUUCAUGCGCGGCCUGGCACAGGCAGUAUCCAUCGUGAUCGGUGGAGUCGUAUUUCAGGGCUCCAUGAACCUGAAGCAGUCGGAUCUUGUAAAUGCAGGACUGUCUCCAGAUAUGGUAGCGACGUUUUCGGGACAAGAUGCGCAGGUGAACGUGGACCAACUUCAAUCUAUUGCAGACAUCACCCAGCGGCAGGUGGUGCAGGCUUCGUACGCAUGGAGCUUGGGAAAUGCUUGGAUUCUGUACGCAUGCAUUGCUGGGCUUACCAUCAUUGCGUCGUACUUUGUUGGAACACAUUCUCUCUCUACAGAGCACGUCGAAACGAGAACAGGUCUUGACAAAAAGGAGAGUGAAAUUUAA